UCUCAUUUUAAUCUCAUGUAAUUAAAGUUACACAGGCACUAUUCCGCAUAACAGGUAUUUCAACUAAAUUGCAAUUGUUUUAAAUAAGUGGAAAACUCAUCUGAUACUGUUCAGUCUGAAGUUAACAAUGUUCAUCACUAGACUUGCCAUUUUGGUGCUUCUUUUCAUUGUUUCGCUUAGCCAAGCUAAGGAAAGCCAACCCUUUGACUUUUUCGAAGGAACCUAUCACGAUUUUAAAAAUUGUCUGAAAAUCAAUAAUAUCACCAUUGAGGAGUAUGAGAAGUUUGACGAUACCGACAAUUUGGAUAAUGUCCUUAAGGAAAAUGUCGAGCUGAAGCACAAGUGCAACAUUAAGUGUCAACUGGAAAGGGAGCCAACAAAAUGGCUAAAUGCUCGGGGUGAAGUCGAUCUGAAAUCAAUGAAAGCAACCAGUGAGGCAGCGGUAUCCAUAUCAAAGUGCAUGGAGAAGGCUCCCCAAGAAUCCUGUGCCUACGUCUAUAAAUUGGUAAUAUGUGCAUUUAAAUCCGGACAUUCAGCCAUCAAGUUGGAAUCAUAUGAACACAUACCAGAGGAAACCGGUGGACUAAUAGCCGAACAGCAGGCGGAUCUGUUUGAUUACGAUACCAUCGAUUUAUAAAAUCAAAACAGUGUCGUCAUAGCCACAGUAAUAUAUAAUAAUUUUAAUUUGCGGGCUUAUUAGCAUAAUUAAUUAAAAUUGCACGAGGCGUGCCGCAGGGCGCUUGAAUCAAAUCAAA